AUGUCACACGCCGAACCUAGCCAGCCGCUGCCAAUCGCCGAGCGCGAGAACGAACCCUUAGCCCCCGACAACACGAAUCCCACGUUAGUCACGAUGCCCCUGAGCAACUUUGAGUGUACAGAGGUCCGCUGGCGCUUCGAUAUCUUGAGACCGUGCGGGAUCCGCGACCGGAAGCUUCGAGACUACCGGACACAGGCGGCCACCGUCCUAGGCCAGGUGUACGACCGCGACGCGCUCUGCCAGUAUCUACUGGGAAGAAUGAGUCAGGAGGUCUUUCGGACGUUUUCUAGGACACUUUGGCUGGCGAUCAUCAGGGCGGCGUUGCUUCAGGGCGCUACACUCUACGAGGGAAACAAUUUCAAGACCGUCGCAAUUGUCUUUCCGCCUGGGAGAUGCAUUAAUCGGGGGCGUAUGCGCUGUUGCGCUCUUAAUGGCUUCAAGGACAUUUGGCGAUUAACUGGCCAGAACGGGGCGAAGGUAGGAGAGAUGAGGAGGGAGGCUCUUGGGGACAGAGGCGCGUUCUGCAUCUUUGCCCUUGGCACAAUACAUGCUCACCAGGCAAAAGGACUCGCGCGUACGCUCAUCACUAAACUUCAGGCCCUGGCCUAUGACGCAGGCGUCCCUCUCUGGAUCGAAACAGCCGUGCCGCGCACACGGGACACGCUGCUGACUCUUGGGUUUAUGGUAGACUCAGAGCGCCACGUCGGCAUGGGAGAGUGUACCAAUGACGGAAAAUUCGUCAACAAUGAACCCCUCACCGGAAUCCUAGUGUUUGGGAUGAUCUGGAACCCACGACCCGGUCCCUAUCUGUUUAUGAAUACGCCCGCGGAGCAAAACCCAUUGCCUCCUGCUGCCGAUCAACCAUCAGGUCAAGAAACACCGACGGGGGCCAUUGUGAUUCCCAAAGGGUCGCGAGCGGAACGACCACGUAAUGACACAUCGACCGCUCAAUCUUCCACUGCUGAACUGUCCGGAGACGAAGGGCCGGUUACUGGACCAAUGGAGUUUGACGAGCGAACUCGUUUACUGGAUGCGAUUUCGAGUCAGGCGGUCGAUGAGGGGCCUUCACUGGCUGACCUGCCGAGCCAGGCCAUUGAGACGUGUUUGACUACACCGGUGCCGAUCCAGGCAGGACAAACACAAACAGGACCGAUCGAGGUAGGAGCCCCCCAAAAGGCGAGGCGGGGCAGGGCAGGAGCCAGAAAGCCCGACCCGAGCGCAUCAGGUGCACGAGCUUUAGCCGAGACGAUAGAGGAAGAAUCUGACGUAAGUCCCGAGCCCUCAAAGCCCGACAGAAGUAUUGUCCUUCCGGACAAGGGACUCGAGGAGGCACUAUUUGCCGACGGAUCGGCUGAAAGCGAGACCGGGAAGGGCAAAUCCACCUUACUAGAGGCUCCGGAGGGUGAGGACGGCUAUAGCCAACCGGCCAGUGACGAGAGUAGCACUGGCAGCUACAUGACAAAGCAUCUGCGUUUCGAUGAAGAUGUUGGUGAAGAGGAUAUUGAUACGAGACACGAUAGAUACUAUUGUUAUACUACGGUCCUCGAGGACUACAUUGAGCUUACGACUAUGUGGCACCUCUAUUGCCAACAAGCCUCAACCUUUUACCCCGACCCAGUCCUGCGCGGAACGGUACGAGUCCACCCACUGCGCAGCGCUCGUUCUUCCAAUAUUCGACGGCGCGCGCUACAGGACCCGAUUACCACCGAGGCUGGGUUUAUCUACAUAGGCUAG